AGCCGCGGGCUGGCCCAGGAGGCGGUGGGGACGCGCCGCCGACCCGCCACGCCCAGGGAGGCGCCCAGGCCCUCAUCAAGUGACCAGUAUCCCUUCCAGGAGAACACGCUCCUUCAGAGGGAAGAGCGCUCCAGCCUGCAGCCCCGGCGCCAAGCCGCCGUCAUCUCCUUCCUGUGCCGGGUGAUCUGUCUCCUCACCCACCCGGAAAAACAUAGUCCGCCCCUCACGUCCUUGUGGAACAGCGAUAGCUGUUCGCACGGCGCGACUCUCUCUGCCUGUCCCCUUGCCUUGCCCAUGCCAAGCCCUUCAGGGCCCGCCGAGAGGAGAGAUCAGCCCUAAAGGGGGGACCUCGAGAGAGAAGAAAGAGAGGAAGCCGAGAGGAAGGGAGAGGCAAGGCCCGCGGAGGGACACCAAGGCGUCUGCUCAGUGCGCACGCGCGCCGCGAAGAACGAGUUCCGGUCUGGCCGAGGCCUGACUCCUAAAAAUAGCCCCGGUGUGGGGAUCCGUGCGCGGAUGUCCCGGCGAGUCCCGGGCUGAAGGAGGCGGCUCCGGGCGGCGCGGAGUGCUGUGGCGGGCCGGGCCGGGGCUGCGGUGUGUGCGCGCCCGCCGGCUGUAGCGGAGACCCGGAAUACAGUAAUGGCUGGUGAGUUUGCAUUAUAUGAGCUAGUCCUUUUCUUCUUGUUGUUUUUGUGACUAGCAGCAUGCAAAUGCAGCUUGGCUUGGAUUUGUUGGAGAUAUGACUUGUGACUCUUGGAGCAAAGACCUGCUUUCUGUUUGACCUGGAAUUGUAUCUUGUGGAAAAGGAACAAAGAAGAAUUUUCUGCAAGGAUCAAAUAUUUUGAAGAAAAAUUCAGUGGUAGCUUUGGACUAGAAGGUUACAUAAUAGAAGCUGUGUACGAUGCAUUAGAAUAUUGAAGAAAAUUAGCUUUUGAAUUAAUUAUUUGGAAUACAAGGAAGAAAAGGUAUCUGAAAAUGGGGCGGAAGAAAAUUCAAAUCACACGCAUAAUGGAUGAGAGGAACCGGCAGGUCACUUUUACAAAGAGAAAGUUUGGUUUGAUGAAGAAAGCCUAUGAACUCAGUGUGCUGUGUGACUGUGAAAUAGCACUCAUCAUUUUCAACAGCUCUAACAAGCUAUUUCAGUAUGCCAGCACUGACAUGGACAAAGUUCUUCUCAAGUACACAGAGUAUAAUGAGCCUCAUGAAAGCAGAACAAACUCGGAUAUUGUUGAGGCUCUGAACAAGAAGGAACACAGAGGGUGCGACAGCCCAGACCCCGAUACUUCCUAUGUGCUAACUCCACAUACAGAAGAAAAAUAUAAAAAAAUUAAUGAGGAAUUUGAUAAUAUGAUGCGGAAUCAUAAGAUCGCACCUGGUUUGCCACCUCAGAACUUCUCAAUGUCUGUCACAGUCCCUGUGACCAGCCCUAAUGCUUUGCCGUACACUAACCCAGGAAGUUCACUUGUGUCACCAUCUUUGGCAGCCAGCUCAACAUUAGCAGAUUCAAGCAUGCUGUCUCCACCCCCAGCCACGUUACAUAGAAAUGUAUCCCCUGGAGCUCCGCAGAGACCACCAAGUACUGGCAAUGCAAGUGGGAUGUUGAGCACUACAGACCUUGCAGUGCCAAAUGGAGCUGGAAAUAGUCCAGUGGGGAAUGGAUUUGUAAACUCAAGGGCCUCUCCAAAUUUGAUUGGAAAUACUGGUGCAAAUAGUUUAGGCAAAAUCAUGCCUACAAAGUCUCCCCCACCACCUGGUGGUGGCAAUCUUGGAAUGAAUAGUCGGAAACCAGAUCUACGAGUUGUCAUUCCCCCUUCAAGCAAGGGCAUGAUGCCUCCACUUUCGGAGGAAGAGGAAUUGGAGUUGAAUGCCCAGAGGAUAAGCAGUUCUCAAGCCACUCAGCCUCUCGCCACCCCUGUAGUGUCUGUGACGACUCCAAGCUUGCCUCCACAGGGACUGGUGUACUCGGCAAUGCCAACAGCCUACAACACUGAUUACUCACUGACCAGUGCUGACCUGUCGGCCCUGCAAGGCUUCACCUCCCCUGGAAUGCUGUCUUUGGGGCAGGCUUCAGCCUGGCAGCAACACCAUCUUGGACAAGCAGCCCUCAGCUCUUUAGUGGCUGGAGGGCAAUUAUCUCAGGGUUCGAAUUUGUCUAUUAACACCAACCAGAACAUCAACAUUAAGUCAGAGCCAAUUUCACCUCCCCGGGAUCGAAUGACCCCAUCAGGCUUCCAGCAGCAGCAGCAGCAGCAGCAGCAGCAACAGCAGCAGCAGCAUCAGCCGCCGCCACCACCACCACAGCCUCCACAGCCCCAACCCCGGCAGGAAAUGGGGCGCUCCCCUGUGGACAGUCUGAGCAGCUCUAGCAGCUCCUACGAUGGCAGUGACCGAGAGGAUCCACGGGGUGAUUUCCAUUCUCCCAUUGUGCUUGGCCGACCCCCAAAUACUGAGGACAGAGAAAGCCCUUCUGUAAAACGCAUGAGGAUGGACACAUGGGUGACCUAAGGCUUCCUGGUUCAUCUUUGUUCUUUGUGUUACUGCAGUGAACUGCCCUACAUAUCUUAAAUUGGUGAAUAAGGACAUGAGUUCAAUAUAUUUAUAUGUACAUACAUACAUAUAUAUUCCUUUACAUAUAUAUGUAUGUGGUGUGAGUGUGUGUGUAUGUGUGGGUGUGUGUUGCAUACACAGAAUCAGGCACUUACUGCAAACUCCUUGUAGGUCUGCAGACGUGUGUCCACAUGGCAGACAAAGCACCCUGUAGGCACAGACCAGUCUGGCACUUCCUUGGACUACUUGUUUCGUAAGAUAAACAGUUUUUGCAGAGAAACGUGUACCCAUAUAUAAUUCUUCCACAUUAGCCUGCAGAAACCUAGGGGGCCCCCUAUUUGUUUUAUUUAACUGUGCGGUGACUGUAGUUAAUUCAGAAAAAAAAAAUGCUUUGUAGAACAGAGCAGUAGAAAAGCAGGAACCAAGAAAGCAAUACUGUACAUAAAAUGUCAUUUAUAUUAAUAACCCAACCUGGCAUGGGUCUAUUGCAAAGGGGUGCAUGGGAAAGGGCUGUUGAUAUUAAACAAACAAACAAUAAACAAAAGCCCCACACAUAACUGUUUUGCACGUGCAAAAAAAUGUAUUGGGUCAAAGAAGUGAUCUUUAGCUAAUAAAAAGAGAGAAUAGAAAACACGCAUGAAAUAUUCAGAAAUACUAGCCUAGAAAUAUAGAGCAUUAACAAAAUAAAAUUAAUAUAUUAAGUUAUAAUUGGAAUAUGUCAGAAGUUUCUUUUACAUUCAUAUCUUUAAAAAUUAAAGAAACCGAUUUUAGGUCAUGUAUAUUUUAUAUGAAAGAAAACACCCUUAAUGAAUUGAUGACUAUAUAUAAAAUUAUAUCCACUACUUUUGAACACAUUCUGCUGAAUUAUUUAUAUAAGCCAAAGCUGUAUGUUGUAACUUUUUUUUUUUAGAGAAUAGCUUUAUCUUGUUUUAACUUUUUAGUUUUAAGAGGGGAGAAAAAAAACAAAUAUCUUGCAAGCAGAACCUUGGAAAAAAAAAGCCAUGAACACUUAUUAUUCUAUAUGUAAAUUAAAAGUUGAGCCAAACUCUUUGUGUAUAUAGCAUCUUAAAUAUAUUAUCACCUUUGAUGUAAGUACCUAUGUAUUGUAUGGUCACCAGAUUAUAAAGUAUAUUUUUGUGGAUUGCCGCCAACUUGGGGGGAAAGGCGAAGUCCUUAAGUAGAGUAUUCACUGUUUAAUAUUUACUAUUUUGUUAAAUAUACUGUACUUUGGAUUUUAAUUAUUAGCCCAGUUUUUCAGAGGAUUGUGUAAAGGGGUUUCCCCUCACUGGUGGUGAAUGUGUGAUGUUCUGUUGUAAUCUUUGUGCUGUAUGGGGUGAGCAUCAUUAUAUAUUUUAUAUGUGUACAUAAAUAGCAAAGUGGCAAAAAAAUUGGUGUUAAGUUCAUCCUGCAUAAAUAUAAAAUGUGUUGUAACAGAUUUUAUAAGGCAUUAUUUAAAACUUGCCUUUUGUGAGGAAAAAAAAACAGUAGAAAGAUGACCUAAUUUAACUACUAUUAGAGAAAAUGGCAGAAUAGUAGAUGAGCACAAAGGUUUUAUAAGUGGUAAAUAAUUAGGGAAAUAUUUGUGGGGAAAGGGAUCUUUUUCUCCUUGACUCUAAAGACAGAAUGAUGCAGCUAGUUACAAAGUCCACUAGGGUUUUUAGCUGUCCCAUGGGAAGGCAGGGCGUGUCGGGAACAGCUCUCUUAACGGUGCGGAUCCCUGGCACGAUUCUUGCUGUCCUGACGGAAACUGGUGCCACCCUCAGCUGGGAUUUUGAACAAGGCCUUACUUACAGGGAGACAACUCGUUGGUGAUAGCAAGUUCAUCCGUUUACUGGGCUUGUGCCAUGAACAAAAUUCAAAGUCCUGUAUAUCUUUUAUCCUAGAUUUUUAAAUACUCCUUUUCCUGGAAAACUUUAAAAGGGUUUUAAAAUGGCUGCGAUUUUAUAUUGAACAAUGUUAAGCAGCUACCUGCAGUUUUUACUCACAUUUUUCUUUCCCCCCUAAAUUACGCUCCUUUCACCAUUUCCUCAUCUGCCCUUUUGACAGUUCACCAGCCAGGCUUCCUGACUGGCUCAUAGAGGUUGGUACAUGCCCCGUGGUGAGCACGGGCUGUGCAGGGGAGAGUGCUCCACUGACAGUCUGGGCAGCACGUGGUAGUAGAAGCCAAAAAGAUGAGGAUGAUGUCUUGUCUCCUCUCUGUAGUCUCAACAUUUGGCUCUUACCAGAAAAGAUCAGAUUUUCUUCUUCGACGACUUAAAGGCACAUUCUUCAUAAGGUCAUACCUAAUUAAAGCAAGACAGUCUCCCAACACUGAAUUUCCAAGAUAACACUUACCACUUUGUAAACCAUUAUAGCUUUGGAAGUGUUAAGUGGCCCUUUCAUUAUUAUUUAUGCAUGUUCAUGAACUUCUGCUGUAUAUUGGAAUAGGAGUUAACACAGUCACAUUUACUGUCUAUUUUCUUGUGUGCCUUAUGAGAUGGCUUUUCUGACUGUAUCUCAAUAGUCUUUCUUUCUAUGCAGGUUUAUAAUCAGUACAACUACUGUUUUCUAAAGUGAUACUACACAAGGCUCGGAGUUUGUAUUUAAAUUACACUGACCAAGUCACAAUGUAUUCCGUUUUUAGGAACUGAAUAUCUGACUGUUAAUCUUUCCCCAUGUGUCCAAUGUGAUUUGGAGCAUGUGGGCUUGACAUCCUUCACCCAGACACUCAUGUGUGAACACAUCCACAUCCACAGCUCUCAGUGGAAGCCAGCCUAGAGUCGGGAGGACACGGACCUGAUGGUAUUGCUUUAAAACUGACUCUCUUACCCUUUGAGACUCGUGUGUUUUGUAUAAGACACUAUCACCGAGAAUUUUCCUUCAGAUCACAUAUUUUAUUAUUAAAAACAGAAACAAAACAAAAGCUUAAGUUGUACAGGACAUAGGAAGUGCCCACCAGUUGUACCCCCUUGGAACUCUAUGUAGGCCGACACUGAGAGCAACCGUCACCAUUGUGUGGACACAGGUGGUCCCAGUCAAAACUCCACCCUUUGAGCCCUGCUUACAUCCAUUGUGUUAUAACUAAAUCAGGGGUUUGUUCUAAAAGAACAGUACAUGUUUCACCAUUUCCUUUCAACUAUAAAGAUGCCUGAUAAUGUAUUAACAUCAUUUCUGUAUUAACCAUCAUGCGCACAAGAAAUACAUAGUAAAUACGGAAUCUGAAAACUCCUGGCAUUGGAUCAUAAAAAGCUAGAUGAUUAGGAUGUGAAAAAGACUCUACAAAUGUAAAACUUUUAUUUCUCUGUAGAAACUUUCUUCACUUUGCUGUGCAAGAAGACACUGCUUUGCUAUAUUUAAAAAUGGCUUUUUUAAAAGAGAUUUAUGUAUUUGGUAAAUGUUUGUAGUCAACAGUUCACACAAAGAAGCUGUACACGGUUUGAUCAUGUAAAACCGUUUGGCGGCACAAGCUGGACUUUGUUGCCAUCCUUGAGAUGAACCUUUUAAGAAAAAUAAGUUAAUCUCAAUUUUCCCUGAAUGUGUUGUUUUUUCUUCAUUAUACAAUAAAUAUUAUAGUGAAGUUUUUAUCAAAUGGUUAAGACAAUGCUAGAGGUCGUUGUAAGCUGUUUGUCUCCUGCACUCACUCCAGUAAAGAUGGCCUGGCUUUGACCACA